CAUGGCGGCGCCGGAAGUGGCGGGCGGUUGCCAUGGCAACUCCAGCCCGCCGCGGCCAUGGCGGAGCCGCAGGACGCCACGGUUUCUUCUUCGCCAGCGGCUGCAGAACCAACAAAGCCCCGGCCUAAAAAAGCACCAGAGCUGCCAAUCCUAGAGAGGAAGAACUGGUUGAUUUAUCUGCUCUAUGUCCGCAGAGACUAUGAGGAGUGUAAGGCUGUCAUCAAAGAGCAGCUCCAGGAGUCCCAAGGGCUCUGUGAAUAUGCUGUCUAUGUUCAAGCUUUGAUAUUUCGCUUGGAGGGGAAAAUUCAAGAAUCUCUUGAACUUUUCCAGACAUGUUCCAUUCUGAACCCUCGAAGCACUGACAACCUCAAGCAGGUGGCACGAUCCCUGUUUCUCCUGGGGAAGCAUAAGGCAGCCAUUGAAGUGUACAAUGAAGCAGCAAAACUCGAUGAGAAGGACUGGGAGAUCAGCCAUAACCUGGGUGUGUGCUACAUGUACCUGAAACACUUCAACAAGGCACAAGACCAGCUCAACAAUGCCCUGGAGCUCAACAGACAUGAUCUGACCUACAUGAUGCUGGGCAAAAUUCACCUCAUGGAGGGGGAUAUAGAUAAAGCCAUUGAAAUAUAUAAGAAAGCUGUAGAGUUUUCUCCAGAAAACAUAGACCUCCUCACAUCCCUGGGCCUACUGUACCUGCAGACUGGGGAUUACCAGAAGGCUUUUGAACACCUUGGAAACGUGCUCACCUAUGACCCAGGCAACUACAAGGCCACCCUGGCUGCUGGCAGCAUGAUGCAGGCCCAUGGGGAUUUUGAUGUGGCUCUCUCCAAGUACAAGGUGGUGGCCAGCAGCGUUCCCGAGAGCCCCCCGCUCUGGAACAACAUUGGCAUGUGCUUCUUUGGCAAGAAGAAAUACGUAGCAGCUAUCAGCUGCCUGAAGAGGGCAAACUACCUGGCUCCCUUUGACUGGAAGAUCCUGUACAACCUGGGCUUGGUGCACCUCACAAUGCAGCAGUAUGCCUCAGCCUUCCACUUCCUCAGUGCUGCCAUCAACUUCCAGCCCAAGAUGGCAGAGCUCUACAUGCUCCUGGCAGUUGCUCUGACCAACCUUGAAGACAUCGAGAAUGCCAAAUGUACCUAUGAACAAGCUGUGGCCUUGGACAAGUGCAACCCCCUCAUCAACCUGAAUUAUGCUGUCCUGCUCUACAACCAGGGUGACAAGCAGGGGGCCCUGAGCCAGUAUCAGGAGAUGGAGAGGAAGGUCACCAUGGCCAGAGAGAGCAGCACGCCUGACUUCGACCCUGAGAUGGUGGAGAUGGCCCGGAAGAUGGGAGCUGCCCUGCAGGUCAGGGAGAGCCUGGUCUGGACCAAGCCUUCCAAAGAGUCCAAAUCCAAGCAGAAAGCUGCUGUGUCAGGGAAAUCCAGCUCUCAGCAGCCUUUGGGCUCCAACCAGGCCCUGGGUCAGGCCAUGUCCUCUGCUGCAGGAUAUGGGAAAACCAUGCAGCUCCCCCCAGGUGCUGCAACACCAGCUCUGCCAAAAAAGCCUCCCUCCCUUCCUCUGGAGCCAGAACAAGAGCAGGAGUCAGAAAUGAGCCCUGAGGAGAACUCAGCUCCCACAGGGGACGAGGAACAGAGGAAGGAGAAGCACCAGAGCCAGGAGGCAGCAGAGUAGGGUUGCUCUGGGCAGCACAGGUGGUGCAGGAGCCUCUCCAGGGCUGCCUGGAAUUUGGGAAAGGGACCUGCCCUACCUGCCCCAUGGUGGCUUCUCCCCACUGUCAGAUAGUCUGGAUUAUCAGUGAUUUUAGCUUGGGGGCUCUGCCUUGUUCCAAGGAGUCACUGCAGUGUCCAGAGGUUUCUGUGUAGCUACUCAUGGUGCAGUCACAACUCACUGCAGAACUGGAGGGCUCACAUCUCCACAGGCUGGAUGUGAGUCCUCCAGAAGGACAUUUAGCAAAGGCAGCAGCAGUGAUUUAGGAUCCUGGACUGUGAGAAGGAUCAAUCCUUCCAGUGGCUGAAGUGGUGAGCAGCUGAUUCUGCAUAAAGAACCAGUAAACUGAAGCUUCAGGGCUGUGUUUGCUGGUGAAGCUCCCCAGCUGUUGGACAAUGUAUUUCCUGCUUCUAGUUCUGCAUUGUUGGACGAGUUAUCUAUCCCUCCAUAAUAACCAGUCUGGGAGAGGAAGGUUAGUAAUGGAAACAUCUGAGAGGCAGCAGUGUCCAGGCAGCAUGAGUAGGGCUCUGGGUACAUCCCAGCCUUCAGCUGUGCUUUGUGGUUUGUUGCUCUUAUCCAGAAAGACAUUAAUGCAUCUUUAGAGCCCAGCCAGGAGCUGAAGUGCUCUCCUGCUCCCUGGAGAGCACUGAAAGAGUAGGAAUCCCUCACUUUCCCCUGGUUCUGAUAGCCCAAACUGACUGCUUAUCUUAAAUGUGGCUUUUUUUCCCCCCCCUGCUUUUCUGCUGGGUUUUGUGUCAGUUCAGCCCCAGGGCAGCACUCCUGUAAGGAUUCCCUCCUGCCAGGAGUUAAACAGAAUUUUUUUGUAGAGCACAGGCAAAUUGAAACAAACCAAACAAGAAACAGUUUCAGUCAAGUACAGUGCAGAUUUUUAUUCCCAUUUAACUUCUUACACUGAAUCUAACAGAGUGCCUGGGAAGAAGAGGUGAGGAUUGCAGAGCAGGGGGUGGGCAGGGGCUGGGAAUUCUUCACUUCAGCCCCAAAACUUUAAUUCAAGGCAGAUUUUUGUCCUAGGAUGCUUUGAUGGGAUAAAUGUCACAUGGGGAGCAUGUACUGCACUUGGAGGUACUGUGAAGGGAUUUAUUUUAAAUACAUAUUUUGUGAAAAGCUUACGCAACAGUGAACCAAUUCUUUUAUGAAAUGAAGCAGUAGCACCUUCUUACUUCCUGGGAGCUUCAUGUCUAAAGAAGCAUUUUUAAAUAUGUAAUUCCAGUUGGAUAAUAAAUAGAGCUACAAUUCC